CUUCCGGCGCGGGCGGCGAGUGGCCGCGGGCCGCGAUUGGCGGCAAGGGCCGGGGAGGGUGGUGCCGCGGCAGGAAGCAACGGCCUGGGCGCCGAUGGAUCUCUUCGGGGACCUCCCGGAGCCCGGCUCCUCGGCCGCGGGAAAGGAAGCCCAGAAAGGGCCGCUGCUCUUUGACGACCUCCCACCAGCCGUCAGCGCUGACUCAGGGAAAGGAGGAUCUUUACUCUUCGAUGAUCUUCCGCCAGCCAGCAGCAGUGACCCAGCCUCCAGUGCUACUGAGCAGGACUCGUCAGCAGGGAGCCACAGGAAAGGGGAGAAGAGAAAGUCCUUGGAGGAGGAAGAGAAGAAUGGCAGGGAAGAACUUGUGGAAAAGAAAGUUUGUAAAGGCUCAGUGGGCAUUUUUGGAUUGAAGGGUUAUGUGGCAGAGAGGAAAGGUGAAAGAGAAGACAUGCAGGAUGCACACGUCAUCUUAAACGAUAUCACUGAGGAAUGCCAGCCUCUGCCCUCCCAAAUCACACGUGUGUCGUACUUCGCUGUUUUUGAUGGCCACGGAGGAGUCCGAGCCUCAAAAUUUGCAGCACAGAAUCUGCACCAAAACCUGAUUAAGAAAUUUCCUAAAGGUGAGGUAGUCAGCGUGGAGAAAACAGUGAAGAGGUGCCUUCUGGACACUUUCAAACACACAGAUGAAGAGUUUCUAAAGCAGGCAUCUAGCCAGAAGCCAGCGUGGAAGGAUGGCUCCACAGCUACCUGCGUCCUAGCUGUCGACAAUAUUCUCUACAUAGCCAACCUUGGGGACAGCCGGGCGAUUCUGUGUCGUUACAAUGAAGAGAGUCGGAAACACACAGCCUUAAGCCUCAGUAAGGAGCACAACCCCACCCAGUACGAGGAGCGCAUGCGGAUACAGAAAGCCGGUGGAAACGUGAGGGAUGGAAGAGUCCUAGGAGUGCUGGAGGUUUCCCGCUCCAUUGGGGAUGGCCAGUACAAACGCUGUGGUGUUAUCUCUGUGCCAGAUAUCAAGCGCUGCCAACUCACACACAACGACAGGUUCAUUCUGAUAGCGUGUGAUGGCCUCUUUAAAGUCUUUACACCAGAAGAAGCUGUGAACUUCAUUGUGUCCUGCCUGGAGGAUAAGAACAUCCAGAUGAGAGAAGGGAAGCUGGAAGCAGAUGCCAGAUACGAAGCUGCCUGUAACAGACUGGCCAACAAGGCAGUACAGCGAGGGUCGGCGGACAACGUCACGGUCGUGGUGGUCCGGAUAGAGCACUGAGAGAUGAGAUGCAGCAGCAGGAUCCCCAGCUGUGGAUGUAAGGGAAGGAAGAAGUUGGUUUACGUGCAUGUGUGGUCAGGAGGGAGGAUCCUGCUGGAUGCUCUUCAGUGUAAAUAAAGGUGGUUUGGUUUUUUUUCUAAUAGUUCUAGCUCACUUGGCUGGCAGUGUUUUCUAAGCGGCUGCCACAGUGGAUCAGCCUACGUGGAAAUCUCUUGUCCUGUCAAACCCCCCAUGAAUGUCUUGGCAAACCAAAUAAAUUCAUUUGGCAGAGGCGCUAGCAAGAGCAGGCAUCUGCGGGCA